AUGUCCGGGAGGAGCGUCCAACUCUCCACUACAGAACGCGUCGUCAAAGGUGCCAACCGGGCCUUCUCCUUGACCCGCGAGAAACGGCUCUCUGCUGGGCGAUGGCUCCGGGUCGGGAGGGAGGGAGGGAGCGGAGGAGGUGCAGCCGCAGCCCGGAGGGGUUGGCGAGAGGGAGGCUGGGGGACCCGGACCGUGCCCUUCCCUGGGGGAGGACCUGGACGGGGUGUGGACCAGGCGAAGGCGGGGAUCUCCACUGUCCCCUUUCCUCCAACUCAACGGCUUACUUUGAAGGAAGUAUUUGAAAAUGGGAAACCUAAAAUUGACAUUUUGAAAAACCAUUUGGUGAAGGAAGGCCGACUGGAAGAAGUAGUAGCCUUAAAAAUAAUCAAUGAUGGGACUGCCAUCCUGAGAGAAGAGAAGACUAUGAUAGAAGUGGAUGCUCCAAUCACAGUGUGUGGUGACAUUCAUGGACAGUUCUUUGAUCUUAUGAAGUUGUUUGAAGUUGGAGGAUCACCUAGUAACACACGCUACCUCUUUCUGGGUGACUAUGUGGACAGAGGCUAUUUCAGUAUAGAGUGUGUGCUGUAUUUAUGGAGUUUAAAGAUUAAUCAUCCCAAAACAUUGUUUCUUCUUCGAGGAAAUCAUGAAUGCAGGCAUCUUACAGAAUACUUCACCUUCAAACAGGAAUGUCGAAUCAAAUAUUCUGAAGCAGUGUAUGAUGCAUGCAUGGAAACAUUUGACUGUCUUCCUCUUGCUGCCCUCUUAAAUCAGCAGUUUCUGUGUGUACAUGGUGGGAUGUCCCCUGAAAUCACUUCUUUAGAUGACAUUAGGAAAUUAGACAGGUUUAAAGAACCUCCAGCCUUUGGGCCAGUGUGUGACUUGCUUUGGUCUGAUCCUUCUGAGGACUAUGGCAGUGAGAAGACCUUGGAGCACUAUACUCACAACACUGUCCGAGGGUGCUCUUAUUUCUACAGUUACCCUGCAGUUUGUGAAUUUUUGCAGAACAAUAAUUUGUUAUCAGUAAUCAGAGCCCAUGAAGCUCAAGAUGCUGGGUAUCGAAUGUACAGGAAGAGCCAAACAACAGGCUUUCCAUCACUCAUUACAAUUUUCUCUGCCCCAAAUUACCUAGAUGUCUAUAACAAUAAAGCUGCUGUGCUGAAAUACGAAAACAAUGUCAUGAAUAUCAGGCAGUUCAACUGUUCUCCGCACCCUUACUGGCUCCCAAACUUUAUGGAUGUUUUCACAUGGUCUUUGCCUUUUGUUGGGGAAAAAGUAACAGAGAUGCUGGUUAACAUUCUCAACAUAUGCUCUGAUGAUGAACUGAUACCCGAUGAGGAAGCAUUAGAAGGAGGUACUGCAGUUCGUAAGGAAAUCAUCAAGAAUAAAAUCAGAGCCAUUGGGAAGAUGGCACGGGUCUUUUCAAUUCUUCGGGAAGAGAGUGAGAGUGUGCUGACUCUUAAGGGCCUGACUCCUACAGGCACACUCCCUUUGGGUGUCCUCUCAGGAGGGAAGCAGACUAUUCAAACAGCCACAGUAGAAGCAGUAGAGGCCCGGGAAGCCAUCAGAGGGUUUUCCCUGCAGCACAAGAUCCGGAGUUUUCAAGAAGCCCAAGGACUGGACCGAAUUAAUGAGCGGAUGCCACCCCGAAAGGAUACUGUACACUCUGAUGGGCCAGUGAGAUUGCUAACCUCUGUACAUCCUAACGCUGCUUACAGGAGCGACCAAGGAAAGAAAACUCAGUAA